AUGUUUGAUUCUACCUUAAGCCCAUCAUCUGAGCAAUUAGCGGUAGCUGAAAGUGCCGUGAAUGCUCUUCCCAAGCCAAUUCAAAUCGCCCAACCAGUUCCUACGCCAUCGCCAUCUAGCUUGAAUGUUCAGCCGGUCCAAUCAGAUCAACCAUCAUGUCUAAAUCCAAUUAUCAUGUCAAAUCCCGGCUCUUCUUCGACAAUGAGUUAUAUCCAAAAUGCCAAUGGGACGUUAUCCAUACCUCAGGGAAAUAACAAUGUCGUAAACAGCGUCCCUUCUGGCAAACCUGGUCUCAUUUCAUCAUCUCCUUAUAUUUAUCAGGGUAUUCCAUUCGGGCAACAAAUUUUUCUUGCGAAUCCUCAGCAAAAUGGAUUCGUAAUAGCACAACCACAAGGAACAUCCUAUAUGAUUGCUCCGCCGCAACCCCAGUUCCAAGUUCGAGGUCCAUCUGCCGGUCAACAGAUUCCUAUGACUUUUUUUCUGGGACCACAGCAAGCUCCUGGUCUAAUUCAAUUACCUCAGCAACAGCCUCCGGCUAAUGUACUAUCGGCCAUGAAUCCCCAACCCCUCGUUUGCGCGAAUCCUCCGGUAGCAGUCCAGCAACAAUCACCUCUCCAACAAGCGAGUGUUCAUUUAAUGCCAAUAUUUGCAUGCAUUUUCCUCUUUAAUAACCACGUUAGCCAUCUUUCUUUCUUCACAACCAAUAUCAAUGCAAGAAAGCAUUGCCAAUUAGAAUUUCUUUUCUUUUGCUCAUUUGUACAGAUACCUCCAGGAGUUACAGUAACCCGACUGCCUAAUGGAGGUUGCCCCAUCUUGCCAAAUAACAACAUUGCAGCAGCAGCAUCACCACCUAACCCGAUUCCAGUCCCAUCUCCAACAGUUGCUAUGGUAACGACACCAACUCCUCCAAUUUCAAUACCAACUGGAUGCAAUGGUUCACCUGGACCUACUCUCCAGCCUGCAAAACCCACUCCUCCUCAGCCUGCCACCAGAGCGGAUCCAGGGUCUGUUUUACGCCAAUUGAAUCAGGAGAUUAGCAAUCUACAGAACAUGAGUACUCCCUUGAGUGAACAACAAAAGACUCGGCUGCAGAAACUAGUCGAUGCACGAGAUAAAGUCCAGCGGAGUAUUGAACUAAAUAGGAAUAAAGCUGUAGCGGCUGCUGGUGGAGCUGGUAAUCCUUCUGCUGUUUUCAGACCAGCGAUUGGAUCGCCACAAAAUGCUUCUCUAAGACCCCGGCCUCCAGGUCCGCCUACGAAUAUCCUACCAGCUGUGCCUCUUAGAAGUCUUAAACCGGUGAGCUUACUUUGCCUCACUCUCCUACGCGCCAUACUUAGUUUUUAUUUCCUUUUCAUUUGUCGUAUUGGAGGCUAUGCACUUGUGCAGGAAAUCCCCAAAUUCAUGUUUGUGUCUGCAUCAUUUCAGCGUACUGAAGUGGUCAAUCUCCUUAUGAAGCAUCGUCUCUUGCCUGUGAAUCAAACCGGAGGCGAGAGUGUCCUCGUAGAGUUUCGAUUAAACUCUCAGCGCUAUCAGCUCUACUUAACUCGCACUCAGAAGGCCGAUCUAGAGAGUCUCAUCUACACUCUGCCAACAAACCAAAAGAAGGCCGAUGUUCUAUUAGUGUACCAGACUGAGCAGAUGCGUUUCUUUGCCACACAUCCUCGACCUGCGCCUCCAGUUGCUGCUCAAUUACGACUUGUGCGCCCUCCUGUCAAUCAGAUUGCUCAUGCGGCUCCCCAACCAGGGAUUGCUCAAUCUACUCAAGUGCAACCACCUCCUCAAUCUAGACUACCCCUUCCAAUGUGUGUAUUGGCUCCUGCACCUCCAUUGGCUCCUAAUUCAGCUGGGAAUUCCACUGAUUCUGGAUCCAAGUGUCUGCCUGUGAAAGUGUCCGUUAUUGGUCCUUCAAUUCCCAUAGUUCGACCUGCGCCUCCACAAUCAGCGGCUCCGGCUGUAAGUCGAACAGCUCCUCAAAAAACACCGAAUCCUCUUUCUCAACCAUCUGCUCAACAACUGCGUCGACACAAUGCAGUACGGGAUCUGUUUCACGCGGACCAAAUGACCUCGAAUGCUCGGCCACCUGUUUCAUCAUCAACAGAUGAUGCUGGCGAUGUGUCCACCAAGCCGCUCCCGACAUUGGAGGAGCUAGUUAAUCUCCUCGCUCCUUAUCAUGUCCACCAGGACAUGGAUAAUUCACCUGAAGCCCUAGAGAAGGUGGAUGAUAUAUUGGAUAAGGCUUUUGGUCAACUCAAUACUAGGAAAUGCCAGACUGUGGACGCUAUUAAUUCCAUCCUCUGUGUGGAGAAAUGGCAACUAAUGGAACGUCCGUCUGUCGACCGGAUACCACUCACCCGAAUAUUAAGAGACAGUGAAAGCGAGCGUUUGGAGGCUGAGCGGACCGCUUUCAAUAAAAUCAAGACCCUUAUGGCUGAGGGAGCACAGCCUCCAUCGGCCAAGAGAAUUCGUCAGUUACUGGAAGAUGCUGCGCCCGACUUCAUUACUCUUGAAUUCGACGAAAACGGCAACUCCAGACCAGCUGCUCUUCAACUUGAGGACGAGGUAGAGGAAAAGAAGCCUCCAAAACCGCGGGAACAAAUAGACUUGGAAACCCCUCGAGGUAUUCCACCUGACUCCGCAUGGCCAACCUGGGAGAUAGGCAAUAUGAAUAUUGACGCUGAUGAUGAUGGUGAUAUUGGUUUUCGACCCCCGUCUCCUGAUGUCGAUAUAGCAAACGUAGUGGUGGAGGAGGAUGAAGUCCAGGAUAUUAGUCUGAAUAAUUUCGGUGAACAUGGUUCUAUCCCUCCACUCAAUAGUUUAUCAAUGGAAUUUCUCCCUCCCAGUACGUCAAGGACAGAAAUGCCAAGCAAAUAUCAAAGGCAGUCAACCGAAGAAGACGGAUCUUGCCAACGAUUAAAACAUUCGGAAGAUCCUACUGUAGAUGAAGCGAUUCGGAGUAUAAUCGACUUAUAG